AUGCCGACGCAUGGUCAGAUGACGGUGAAUGUAAUUUCUGAGGAUAAAAGUAAAAUCGGGGUGACGGAUGUCGAUCGGUUGAGGACCCCAAUGUCUGUGGUCAAGAGUCAUUUGUUAAAGAGUGGAGUUUUUCCGGUUUGUGAUGAUUUUUGUGCUGCUUGUACUGUAACUGCAAAUGGGUGUGUAAUGUUGAGGGAGACGGUUCAGAAAAUGAUGGAUGAGGGGAGUCUCCGAUUCGAGAAAGUUGCUUUGGAGAAUGAGGAUAUUUCAACGAUCACCAUUUAUUUCGAUCCUGUCCACUUGUCAGGGCCGACAGAUGUGGUUCCAAUUACCAUCACGGUACCUGGACCUAUUCCGUAUGAAAGUGAUGGUGUUGUGCCCUGGGACUAUGGUGGUGAUGUGUAUUGCAAUGGGAAAAAGAAGGAAGAUCAGGCUGCAGUUGAUACCACCGUUUCAAGGGUGGACAAUGUCGGGCUUAGUGGUUUCACUCGCAGCGGAAGGUUGUUUGCACCUAACACGUUGAGAGGUGGAGAUGUAGAAAAAGAACAGAGAGAUAAGGCCGAGGCUUUAGCUAGGGAAAAAGGAAAGCAGGUGGUGAAUGAGGAUACUCCUAGAGAGGCACAGGCGCCUGUUGAGCCGGAAAGUGAGUUUGAUGCUGAAGCCGAGGAGUUUUUGAGAAUUAUUAAGAAGUCUGAAGAUGCUUCGUUGAAGAUCUUGAAGUGGGCAUAUGUCCCGCAGGAGAUUACAGUCAAUCAAUUAGAGACAGUGGUAUCAAGUGUUAAUGCCAGCCAUGGGUUGGGUUUCACUGACCUCGUUCUUACUAUGGACGGGCGCAAUCACAAUAAGGCACUACACAUUUCGAUGGAGUGUAAAGGAGUUGUGCUUUCGCAUGUUUUGGUUGAUACGGGCUCGUCACUCACUGUGUUGCCUAAGAAGGCCUUGGCUAAAUUGGACUGCGAGGGAUUGAUUUUGAGGCCUACUGAUCUUGUGGUUAGAGCGUUUGAUGGCUCCAAGAGGGCUGUGUUCGGGGAAGUUGAGCUCCCCGUAAAGAUUGGUCCUGAGAAGUUAAAGUAUAUCUUGGAUGGGCAAGUCGUGACAGUUUGCGGUGAGGAGGAUAUUUUUGUCAGCCAGUUGUCAUCAUUUAAGUAUGUGGAAAUGGACGGUGAAAUAUUCAAAACACCAAGCCAGGCGUUUGAAACUGUCAAGGUGGAGAAUGCCAUUUUCGCUGAAAGAGAGAAGAAGCCGUCCAUUGCUUCUUAUAAACAGGCUGUGGAGGUGGUGAAAAGUGGAGAGGCCCCAGGUUGGGGAAGAGUGAUAGAUGUUGCGGUGAAGGAGGAUAAGUUUGGGAUUGGUUAUCAGUCAGGCCAAGGCUCGUCUGGACAGAAUAAAGGUCGUCGCCAACCGUUCGCAUUCACCAGUGCUGGAAUGCUAGAUCCAGGCCGUAUCUGUGCUAUGGGUGAAGAGAUUGACAAUUUCAUCCUCCUAAAUCUAACUCGCACAGAUGUGCGUAACCCAAAAAAUUAUUGUUAUAUUAAUGAUUUGGUGCCUAACAAAGUCCCUGUGCACAUUCCUGAGAAUAUAGCUGCUGGCGGGGACACCGACGAGGAUUAUAUUCCGGAACAAGCUUCUCCCUCUACUUACACACACCCACACACCACACACACGUCAUCUAAAAAUGUUGCAGGUACAUCAUUCAACCAAAGACCCAGAAGAAGAAAUGUGGCACCUGCCACUCUUGAUGAGAUCUAUGUUGAACUGCUACGGCGUAGCGAACUAGACGCUCAGCGCGACCUACAAAUCCAAAACAUGGAAGAUCAGCAAAUAGAAAUGCUGCAAAUACUUCGCCAGAUGCAGAAUGAUUAG